GCGCCGCGUCCCCACCACCCUCGUCUUGGGACCGCACAAAAAUCGCCAAAGAGCUUGGUUGUAGUAGCAGAAAUGGGCAAGUCGUCCAAGGACAAGCGCGAUGCCUACUACCGGCUCGCCAAAGAGCAGGGCUGGCGCGCCCGCUCGGCCUACAAGCUGCUGCAGCUCGACGAGGAGUUCGGGCUGUUCGAGGGCGUGACGCGCGUGGUGGACCUGUGCGCCGCGCCCGGCAGCUGGAGCCAGGUGCUGUCGCGCAUCCUGAUCAAGGGCGAGAAGUUUGGGCGCGCGGGCUGGGAGGACAAGCAGGCCAAGGACCACGCCGCCAUCCACGGCACCGCCGAAGAGAAGAACCAUGUCGCGGCACCAGAAUCCCGCAAGGACGUCAAGAUCGUCUCGAUUGACUUGCAGCCCAUGGCCCCGCUCGAAGGCAUCACCACCCUGCGCGCCGACAUAACGCACCCGUCAACGGUGCCUCUCCUCCUCCGCGCCCUCGACCCCGAAACCUACGACAGCACCUCCACCUCGGCCUCGCACCCCGUCGACCUCGUCAUCUCCGACGGCGCGCCCGACGUCACCGGCCUGCACGACCUGGACAUCUACGUGCAAUCGCAGCUGCUGUGGGCCGCGCUGAACCUGGCCCUCUGCGUGCUCAAGCCCGGCGGCAAGUUCGUCGCCAAGAUCUUCCGCGGCAAGGACGUCGACCUCCUCUACGCCCAGCUGAAAAUCGUCUUUGAGCGCGUCCGCGUCGCCAAACCCCGCUCGAGCCGCGCGAGCAGCAUCGAGGCGUUUGUCGUGUGCGAGGGCUUUCGCCCCCCGGAGGGCUUCGCUGCCUCGUUGGAUAACCCGCUCGGCGCCGGCGCCAUGCUGUCGUCUGAGGGGCAGCAGCAGCCGAUUAAGCACACGCCGUCUUCGCUGCCCUCGCGCCACGUCCGCGGAGACGGCAUCACAGAAGUGGAGCUUGGCGACGAAGUCGAAGACGAGGCCCAAGCCUCCUCAGCGCCCUCACCCCGCUGGAUCCCGCCCUUCCUCGCCUCGGGCGACCUCGCCGCCUACGACGCCGACGCGACAUACCACCUGCCCUUGGGGCGGACGACGCUGGACCCGGUGCAGCCGCCCACGGCGCCGCCGUAUAAGCGGGCGCUGGAGAUGCGGAAGCGCAUGGGUGGGGCGUAUGGGAAGACGAAGCUUGGGGGUAGUGGUGGUGUGUGAUGGGGUAGAGAGAAGGUACUGUGAGAUAGAUGAAUGAAUGCUUGCACGAAUUAAGCCGAUCCCAUUUAUCCACCUGUAUCUUCUAUCCGCUUUUAAGUCUAGUGAUACAGUAGGCUGCAAGGACAUAUAAGCC